UAAUAGAACAUGGAUGCCACUAAAUGCAAUCUAAAACAGUUGACAUUGCAAACUUUCACUCAUUUCAAACUCCCAACAUUUUCAUUAUUUAUACUCCCUUCUCACACAUGCUUUCUCACAACAACAACAAAAACAAACAUCCUCAAAAUGAGUCUUAGGUGUUUCAUUUUCUCUCUGUUAAUGUUCACUUUCCAUGCGGCGAGUGGCAGUUAUAUUCCAAACAAAAAACAUUCGAAUUACCGCAGCCUCCCGAACCAAUUUCUGAUUCCUCAGAACAUUGCUCGGGCCGCUGUGGGGUUACAUCCCCUAGUAUGGGACGAAAAGCUAACUCAUUACGCGCAAUGGUACGCGAACGAACGGCGUAACGACUGCGCGUUGGAGCAUUCUAACGGCCCGUACGGCGAGAACAUUUUCUGGGGGAGUGGUGAUGAAUGGAAUCCAGCACAAGCAGUGGGUGCUUGGGUUGAUGAGAAAAAGUAUUACAAUUAUUGGCAUAACUCUUGUGUUGAUGGACAAAUGUGUGGACAUUAUACACAGGUUGUGUGGGGUGAUACAAGGAGAGUUGGAUGUGCUAGUGUUGUUUGUUCUGAAGGGAAAGGUACUUUUAUGACAUGUAACUAUGAUCCUCCCGGGAAUUACUAUGGAGAGAAACCUUAUUGAAAGGAAAUGAUUGUUGAAGAAAGAAUUGAGACAAACACAGCUCAAUAAUGUUGUUGUCAUCAUUUAGGUUUAGAGGCUUAUCUUCUUUGUCUGUUGCUGUGUUUGACAUGUGAGUGCUAUUGAUUGUAAAUUGUAUCUUUUGUUGAAUUGUUUAACUCUGUAUCUCUGUUUUUAUUGCUGGCUUAAUGGAGUAUAGAUAAUUAUUAAUGUA